AUGACUUCAACUUCUACAUUUCAGUUCGACGCCCUUAUUACUCCCACACCGGAUGUUAUGCGCAUGGUCAAGCAAUCACACGUACACGAUCAAUCUAUGGAAGCUUGUAUACGUAGAGAAAGACGUAAGGCUCGUGUUGUUCCAGUCGGAAAUCAGCGUGUAACUAUGACAAACACUGCUCAACCCAUUUCAGCACCUACUCCCUCUCCCUCCUCACGUAACAAACCACUCCCACCUUCCAUCUUGCGUCGCGCACCACCCUCUUCGUUUCACUACGACACCCACUCCGACGCACCUCUCUCAGCUCCUCCGGCCCCUCCUUCUCACUCCGACUUUUCUCCAGCGGAAUCAUCCACUGCAGUCCGUCGACGCUCCUCGAGAGUCCGUUUCUCAGACUAUGACCUUCCCUCUGCCUCAUCCGUCCCUUCAGCCCUUCGUCGUCUGGCAUCUGAAGACGGACUACGCUCGGACCCUUCGUCUCAUCCGCCCAAGGCGCUCGUCGGCAGCCCAAGGGCCCGCGCUAGCGUAGCCGAAUUUAGGUCAGCCCGUAAUGCUCGUCGAACCAGUAUCGCCUCUGUUCAAUCCAACCAUUCGUUCGCUUCCUUCUCUUCCUUCUCUUCAGACCCGUUUGCAACCGAGUCGAGCAUGUCUUCAUGCUCUCUCAGUGGGGAGUCGCAAGAAUGGGAUGGAUUUGCACCACAAGCAUUACCAUAUCCAAAGGUUCCCAAGGCGCUCUCGCGUUAUAGUGUAUCCACGGAAUCGUCUGUCUCAGAUAACGGUUCGGAACCGACCAGGGCGUCACGAUCGAUAACGACAACUGCAACGUUGACCCGGAAACCAUCCAUUCCUGCUUCUGCGGAUCUUAGACGGACAUUAUCAGCUACUGCUUCGUCUAGUGAUAUGACGACACCCAUACGACCAAGUUUUCUACGAGCUACCUCCCUAGGAACCGAGGAUACUAGAUCGAAUGGGGAGGUCAGACCGACCGGAGUUGUUUCGAAAUUGUCGGUACCGAGAUUGAAUCGAAGUCAUUUCCGAGGAGAUUUGGGUCUGUCACCACGUACGCCUACGCCCGUUUUGGAGCAGAACGAGCGAAUGGAAUCGACUCCUGCCGUACCUUCAGCCGAGGUGGUGUCACAAGUGAAUCAUUGCAUUCCGGUUGAGCAAACCGAUGAUGUCAACGACAAGGUGGUCGAUGGAAUGGAACGAGUGGGAAAGGUCGAACAGGUGGGAAAGGUGGAAAAAAUAAAAGUGAAAGUCAAGAAACAUCGCAAGACAGACUCUGCGUUGAGUCUAUCAGGAAUAAUGACAUUUCCUCUUCCUCCCGAUCGACAACAAGAUUUACAAGUCACUGUGGAAAGUCCUACUACUCCCUGUCGACCGGGUGGCUUAUCAGUCGAUCUUGGUGUUUCAAAAUACACUCCAUCUCUUUCCUCAUCCACUGUCACAUCUCCAAUCGUAACCGUGACAUCAGCUGCAAUCGUACGCUCAACCAGUCCAGAUGUGAAAGAACUUCGACGAAGAACAUCGGAUGCUAAGCGCCUUCGAAGACUUUCUGCCGUCGAACCAGAAUCUGAUGAAUCGGAGCUUGAAAUUAACGUGCCUCUCGCCCAAGCAGCUGUGAAGAAUAGAAUAGUCUCACCACAUUCACGUCUUCUCAAACGACAUUCUAGACCUUCGUACGACCUCAGACCGAGUUUACAACGUAAAGCCAGCGGUUCUGAUCGUGUUGGAUGGAGCGGGUCUGAUUCAGAAGAAGAGGAAUGGGCUCAAGCAGUCAGAGUGAUAACAUUACGAAAACUUUCAACUCCGUCUAUUCGCAAAACUCCUAAUACUCCUAUUCCGACUCUUUCUUCCUCUCCUUCGCCACAUUCACUCCAAUUCUCUUCUUCUUCAACUCGUUUAUCCGAUUCUCAUUCUCAAUCCUACCUCUCAACGUCUUAUUCUCAUUCGACACAUUUAUCAACUUCUCCAUCGUUAUAUUCUCUCCGCACCUCAACAACGCAGACAUCAGACAUUCACUCUGAUCUUUCAAAAGCGGUUGAAUCCAGGUUCAGUAGAUCAUCCCAAGAUUCAGGAAUGUCUAGUAGUUCUUAUACUUCCCGAUUAUCACACCUCUCUCAAGCAUCAUCCAACACUGCCAUCUCAUCAGUCUCUUCGGAAUUGAUGACACCAACUACAUCAAUAACGAACUUACGUCCUAUUCUCACUUUGAAAAAACCUGGUAAUUUCAAUUGGGGUGGUUCUGCACCUCCUUCACCAGGUACCGAAUCACCAUUUGGAAUCGCUCAAUCUCAAGCUCAGGGAUUCUACGAUGGUCUAUUGGCGAAACUAGGAAAUCAUUCUAAUUCUCCCCCUCGUUCACAUUCCUCAAUCAAAAACUUACCUACCACAUCAUCCAGUGUGUUCUCUGGAAUCAGUCCUAGUGCAAGUAUAAAUGUCAAUAACGGACCAACACAGACGGUUUUACCUCAACCGACAAGUCUAGAUCCAGACGUUUGGGGGGAACCAGAGGUACUGGAAGAUGAGAUAAGUUCGGACGAAGAAGGAUUCUCUUUUGAGAAAUGGUCAGAAUUACAUUCUUCUAAUCAUAAUAUUGCAGCUUUGCUUCGUUCGUCCAGUCGAAAUGAGGAUGGAGAUAUGGGACAUGUGAGAGGGAUAGGUAUGCCAGAAUGGGAAGAUGGAUUAGGAGUAGAAUUAAAUAGAGUGAUUGUUAUUUGA